CCAGCCCAGAGAGUCCAGAGGCGUCUCUGGGCACUGCUGUUAGGGUCCUCCAGCUCUGGGCCAAGCACCUCCCUCAGGCUUCUGGGUACCAUGCCCUCCCACUGGCAAUGCGAUCCUAACUUCAUCAUCCAGGCCCUUGCUAUUUGCCAGUGGCACCUGAGUUACUUGGCAAUAUUUUGGAUCUUGCUGCCCACCUUUUUCUACCUGGUCUUCACUCCUUUCUGGCCUCUGCCUGUACUCUACACUGCCUGGUUUGUCCUGGACUGGAAGACGCCUGAGCAAGGUGGCAGGCGCUCGACCUGGGUACGAAACUGGCAUGUCUGGACCAAGAUCCAAGACUACUUCCCCAUUACGCUCCUGAAGACCAAAGACCUGAGCCCGGAGCACAACUACAUCAUGGGCGUUCAUCCCCAUGGCAUCCUGACCUUCGGAGCCUUCUGCAAUUUCUGCACUGAAGCCACAGGCUUCUCCACCGUCUUCCCCGGCAUCACGCCCCAUUUGGCCACGCUCUCCUGGUUCUUCAAGAUCCCCAUUAUCAGGGACUACCUCAUGGCUAAAGGUGUGUGCCCAGUGAGCCAGCCAUGCCUCGACUACCUGCUGUCCCAGAGAGGCUCUGGAAACCUUGUUGGCAUCGUCAUCGGGGGUGUCGGGGAGGCUCUGCAGAGUGUGCCGAACAGCACCUCCCUCAUCAUCAGGAAGCGCAAGGGCUUUGUACGCACAGCCCUCCAGCAUGGGGCUCACUUGGUCCCCACCUUCACCUUCGGGGAGACCGAGGUCUACCACCAGGUGCUAUUCCCUGAGGACAGCCGCAUGUACCGAUUCCAGUGCUGGUUUCACAGUUUCUGGGGUUUUUACUUUUGUGUCUUCUAUGGGCGUGGCUUCUUCCAGGACUUCUGGGGACUCCUGCCACUCCCCAAGCCCAUCAUCACCGUUGUUGGGGAGCCUGUAAUGGUCCCCAAGAUGGAGAAUCCAAACCAAGAGACAGUGGACAAGUACCAUACCUUGUACAUGGAAGCCCUGCGGAAGUUGUUUGAUGAGUACAAGACCCAGUAUGGGGCCUCAAAGACCCAGGAGUUGUUGUUCCUUUGAUGGCUGGGACCGGGGGGCUCCCCUCCCUGCCCCCAAAGUAGAAAACCCUAACCCUAAAUGCGCUUAUGAGGGGAGCAGUCCCCCAAUCCUGUGUGCUAAGCCAAGAGACAAAGGGGGCAAGAAGGCUGAGGAUUGUCCCUGGGACAGUGAGGCCCCCCUUUAGCCCAAGGGAGACACAAGAACUGUGUCCUUCAGAGCUCCUUGCCCAGGGCUAUGCUUAGCCCCAGCCCUUCUCACCAAGUCCUUAGGUCUGCCCUACCUCUGCCAGCCCUACCCCUGCAGCCCUACCCCUGCCAGCCCUACCCCUGCAGCCCUACUCCUGCCA